AUGUCUUCACCCCCGAAAGAGAAAGAUAAAGAUUUGAAAGCUGGCCACCCUCCGGCAGGUUGUUAGAGAACUAUUGUUUUCUCGAAUCGAUAGUUUUGUUGGCCAGCCAUGUUUCUCACGCAAUAAACUAACGACUAACAAUAAACUAACACACGACGAUAAUUCUACGUACUUUUAUUUUGUUUUGUUUUAUUUUGGUUUUAGUGAAAGCAGGAGGGAUGAGAAUAACCUCAAAGCAUCAUCAUCCUCAGCACCCAGCUCCCACGCCAGAGGAGAAAGCAGAAGAGGAAGAAUUUGCAGAGCCCAAAGAAAAGUAAGUUCGUGUACGUGCGCCCUUUCUUUCAACGUGUACUUACACGUUUUCGAAUUAGUACAGUUUGUACAAAGUGAAACGACACCAUUAAGAGCAUAGUUUUCACCAGUAAGAACUCAAGAAAGAGAAAUAAGUUUUUUCAUAUGCUUUCCUUUCGCGUCGUUUCAUAACUUCUUCGCGAGUUCAAAUAUAUCACGAAAUUUUCUUUGGUGACGGCCACGUGUGGAAGUUGCGUUGCGUGACAUGUGUAAGUGAAUGUGACAACCUAAAAUGGUCGAAUUAUCACCAAGUUCAUUUUAAAUAUUUUGAGGGCUUCAUCUCUUUUUGGAGGGAUGAGGCGUUCGUAUUAGUAGGAGGCAGGUGAAUAACAAUAAGGUUCAAAGGGUGGCAGAUUAGGGAAGGACAAUUUGCAAAAGUGAAUUUGGGCAGGGGGUGGAAGGGAGGGGGUGAGUUCUUGCUUUUCUUUCAAUUUUUUCUGGGCUUGCCAUAUGAUUGUUGUUGUUAUUUUUUUUUUUCAGCUUGGAGGUAGUUACCUUAAUGGCUGUUGCAGCUGAAUGCAUUUUUUAUGUGAAUUUUUCAUCCCCCCCUUCACUUUUCUAAUGGUUUCCAGCGUUCACAGCUGCAUUAGACUACACAGCAAAUAAUUUUCUUCUCCAUUUCUAACUUUCAGGGCUUCUGAUCAGAAGGUUGUUGUGUCUGGAGUGGUCACAAAAGGCAAUGCUGAUUUCAAGGCAGAUGCAGUGAAAGUGGCCCAUGAAAAGCCUUUGCCGCAGCAUGAUAAAAGACCUCAAGGUCCUGGAGGGAAGGCCCCUGGAAUGGUUAUUCAACAACCGAGAAAGCAGUAGAAAUUUUUAAAUUAAAUAUAGUGAUACCCUGUGCAGUGGAGUCACUGCAUGGGCUCUCAACUAAAAUAACAGCAACUUGUAUAGUUACUGAUAAUUUCUGCAUAAUAAUUAUUUCUUUGUUCUUGUUUUGAGGUUUUUACAUGUGCUUUGCAUCUUUGGGUUGAUGGCAAAGGUUAUUUGAUUUUACAGGCAAUAAAAUAAUUAACCUUCCAUCACAUUGUUUUCUCCCUUUGAAGUACCUGUCUUCCAGCACCAUAAAUUAAAUCAGGGAAUAUUCACUUAGCAGUCUGAGAAACUAUGGCGGACAUUCCAACCCUCCAAGUUGCGACCAUUUUUGUCACCAUGGCGCCUAAAAUUUUGAAGCUGGCGACUUGAUUUGUAAAAAAGUCUCCCUAAACCAAAAGAAUUGGUCGCCAAAUGGUGACCAAGCAAAAACUUUAACUUUGAGGGUUGCAAUCCAUUGUUCUGAAAAUAAUGUACUGACUGUACUGACUGCCGGCUUCACUGUCACAAAAAUGUAAGUACAGUAGCUGCUGGGGUAUUAAUUUGUUAAAUUUGGCAGUUUAUAUGUGAUUAGAAUGUUUUCGUAGUUUCUUGGUGUUGCAAUUAAUUGAUGCAAUCACCAAAUGACAUAAUGCAAAAGAUUCAAAAGACACUGAACAAUACCCCCCCAUCACAAAACAAAAGCCCACCAACAAUGGUUUCCACAAAAGCAAGAAGGAACACCCAAUGUUUUUGGCUUCCUCAAAACCCCCUGUACACCUACCUUGUAGCUUAAAACUUGGUUCAGUCAUUGUGUUUGUUUUGAAAUACCGUCUAACCUCUCCUUACAGAUACCUCUAUAAUACGGACACCUCUCUAUUACGGACAGUUCGUUUGGUCCCAGAAAUGUCAAAAAUCAUACAUUCCCUGCCUCUAUAAUAUGGACACCUCUGUAAAGCAGACACUUGGUUCUGUCCCUUUGGUGUCCGUAUUAACCCUUUUAAGUCCCAGUAGUGACCAAGAUCAAUAAUAUUUUCUCUUAUUGAUAUCUAUAUACUGUCGAGAGAUAAGUUAAGAGAAUAAAUAAAAUGAUCACCCAAGAGAAAAUACCUUGCUCUAUUAUCAAAUUAUUCUCUCAACUAAUUCUUAAUGAAAUGUAUGGAGAUCAGUUUGGGAGAAUUUGUAUGUGGAUACUCGGGCUUAAAGAGGUUUGACUGUAUUGAAAGGUUGACUGUAGAAGAUCCAAUUGAUUACACUCUCAUUUUUCUUUGGAAACAAAGAUAGUAUAGAAAAUACAAAUCAACGUAGGAUCAAAGAUUAGUAAGAGCCUCUUUCCAUGUACUCUUUCAGUUUCCCUUUCGCCUGUCUGCCUCAUAGCCUCUUUUCCUAAGAAUGGUAAACUUAGUAGGUAUUUUACUCUUUUUCAUUUAAGUGGAUUAGAAUUUGAGUUGUAAAGGUGUUGAGAACACAAACAAUAAAGUGAAAAAAAUCGUAAACUGAUAAAACCUUUCUCUUCUUCCCAACAUUUUGUCAUUGUUUUAAUUUGUAUGCCCAUGCUUGCCC